AUGGCAGCCGCAGCUUUCCGCACAGCUCGUAUCGAGCUUGCCAAGACUGCUUUCUUCCUAUGCGAUAUGCAAGAGAGAUUCAAGACGGUCAUCUCCAACUUCGACCUCAUCACACAGACUUCGGCUCGCAUGCUCAAGGCGGCCAAGAUCCUCGACGUGCCUGUAUUCACCACCGAGCAGAACCCCAAAGCGCUUGGAGCCACCGUCUCGCCGUUGAGCGAUUUGCUCAAAGACCUUCCACAAAUCUCAGCUGCUGCAGUGCAUCCAAAGACAAAAUUCAGCAUGGAUCUUCCCGAUAUCACCGACAAGUGGCUCCAGAGCGCUGGAGAUAUCAAGCAUGUUGUCAUCUUUGGUAUUGAGUCGCACGUCUGCGUCCUCCAGACUACCCUCGAUCUGCUCGAUCGAGGUAUCCAGGUGCAUGUCAUCAAGGACGGGGUAUCUAGCUGCAAUGUUGGUGAGAUUGAUGUUGCUCUCGAGAGAAUGCGGAAUUCGGGUGCUCAGAUUACGACGUCAGAGUCUGUGCUCUUUCAGAUGCUCGUUGAUGCGUCUCAUCCCAAGUUUAAGGCUAUUUCUGGUCUCAUCAAAGAGGAAAAGCAGCAGAUCAAGGAUGCCGUCAACACUCUGGGACUGGCCAAGUACUAG